AUUUUUUCUUUCUAAAAGUAAUUUUAAAAAUAUAAUUUAAAAAUCAUUCAACCAAUUACAAAAAUUUAAACUCUAAUUACUAAACUAUUAUCCAAAUAUAAACUCUUAAUCAUGAAAUGUCUAUGAUUGCAUAGAAGAAGUUAAUGAUAAUCCUGACCAUACCCCACCUUCUAAAUAUUAAACUCUUAAUUUUAGUUACUAAACCCAAACUCAAAUAUAAACCUUAAACUCAAAUGUUAAAAUCAAAAAAAUACAUAAUAUUAUGUAACGAUCAUAGUAUAAUUUUUAUAAGUUCAAAACAAGUAAUGAUAUUGAGAAGUUAAAAAAAUUACAAACUAUAUUUCUAAACAAAAUAUUUAUUUUUUUAUUAACCGUCAAAUAGAAUGGAGCUUGCUAAAACAGUAUAGUAAUAGAAUAUAUCACACAGUAAAAUAUAAAUACGGAUUGUUUUACAUUCUAUACAUAUAGAAUAGAACACAAUAACAAAAAUUGUUCAUCUUCUUCGAUCAACUUUAGGUAAUUCACAGAGACAAAAGAAAAGUACUGUAACAACGAAGCAGCGGCGUGAGAUGAAGCGUCGAUGUGAAGGAAAAUAUGUUUGGGUUGCUCCCUCACUGUUUGGAUCUGUAAUAAUGUUUUUUCUCAAUCAAUUUCAGAAUUGGGAACAAUGGUGGCGGUGGACGAUUUCAGAAGGAAUAAACUUAGAAAAGACCGACGAUCCGACGCUGACGACGAUAUAGAACAAAACGGUGGAUUCGAAGAGAUGGAGCAAACCAUCGACGGUAACCACGAUUUACUUUUGGGGGUUAAUAAUAAUUUUUUUAAGCAGGUUGCGCUGGUUGAUGCAAGUGAUAUUACAGUAAUAAUAAUAAUAAUAUGUAUAUAUGACGGCGUGUAUAUAUUUAGUAGGUUAAAUAGCUAGUAUGUGAAUUAUGUUUUUUUGUGUGGCUAUAUGCCCAAUUUUCCGUUAUUAUAUACCGUUUAUGAACAAUUAUUUAGUGGCUGAAAGAAAAUGAGAGGUUCCUUACUAAUUAAGGGAAGUAAGUUUUUUUAGAAAAGAAAAAAAAAAGGAUAUGGUUAAGAGAGAAUAUAAGAAGAUAAAAAAGAGGGUAUUGACUUGCACACAAGAGUCCUCCUAUUUUACAAGAAAUCAAUCUCCCACACGAAUUGGCAUGUUACUAAAUUUCUCAUAUAUUCCUUCAUUUACUUUUUAUUAACAAGUUAUUUCAGAUUUUAGGUUUUGGAGAUUUUGACUCAAGAAACAUUCUAUGAUUUAUUAUUCAGUUCCCCCCACGCGUCAAGUAUUUACUGGAUACUAAUAAGAGUAUUUGCUAUUUCGACGAACUUACAGUAAUAUAUAUACUCCAAUAGUAAGAAUAUUUUGAGACUCAAUACCAGCAAAAAAGGUAUUAUGUUGAGACGUGGUGCUUAAAAGUCAAACCGUACGUUGCCAAACAUUUGAAAAACUGACCAGUUAUGGACCAUUUCUUCUUGUUCUUUUUUUGCUUUCUUUAAAGUCAAGAAAGUGAAUGAGAAAGGUAACCCAUGCAUGAUAUACGACUAUAUAUAUAUGAUAGAAAAUCCAAAACUUUAGUUUGUUCGUAAAAUUAUUAAGGAAAAUGAAAGCUGUGGUGAGUAAAUUGCAUUUUUCUUCGACGGAGGAGGUGAUGGUGGUGAGACGAAGGCCACACGUGGUUAACGGCGGUGGCUUCGUGGUCACAGAUUGUAGAGAGAAGACUAUUUUCAAGGUUGACGGUUGUGGAGUUCUUGGCACCAGAGGAGAGUUAGUUCUUAGAGAUGGUGAUGGUGCUGAUUUGCUUCUCAUCCAUAAAAAGGGAGGAAUGGUGCAGGCUCUAAGCAUUCAUAACAAGUGGAGAGGCUAUAGUUACGACUAUCAAGGAAGCCCUAAACCGGUUUUCACAUUGAGAGAUCCUAAGCAAUCUUGUUUCUCCAUAACCGGUUCCAUCCGCAUCUUGGUCCAACCGGGGAACUGCUACUUUGAUGUGAGAGGGUCUUUCCCGGAUAGGGAUUGUAGCAUCGUGGAUUCAACCGGAAGUGCGAUCGCUCAGGUAAAAGAAUGGAGUGGAAACAAAGAUAUAUACUCGGUGGUGACAAAAGCUAAUGUUGAUAAAGCUUUCGUUUUCGGAGUAAUCGCGGUUCUUGACUAUAUCUAUGGUGAAUCUACAAGUUGUUGAUCGGUUCAUCACUGGCAUCAUCUGCAACUUACUCUUUUCUAUACUCAAUCUGUGUAAUGUGCAUGGUGUUCCAUGUACGGUGGUUUGAAGACUAUUAUGUCGUUUUUAUUAAAUAGUUACUCGACUCUGUAAAUAUUUUUACAUAUUUUGUUUUGUAAUAGUUCAAAAAUCAUUACUAAGGUGUUAUAUA